AGGUGUAGUGAUAGGCUGCCUCUCGGUUGGUAUCUAUACUCCAAACUGUCGAUGGACGGCCGAGGUUUUAAACGGGCACAAGUGGAUGGGUGAAACUCCUUGCCCUCAUCAAUCUUAACGCGGCAGACUCGAGAUCUGUCACGUCCAUCUUCUUCGCCUGCGCUGGCUGGAAGCGAGUCAUCACGCACGCGCGUCACAUGCCCACCUAUUCGGCGCCCAAUCCUCAACGCAAGUCCUUAUUAUCUGUCUUUAUAGCCUCGUCGAUUCGGGCACGGUAAUUUUCACCACUGGAAUGUGAGUUUGUACUGCCACGCCGUAACCCGCGUUCUUGCCAACUCGGGAAAAAGGGGUCACUAUUACACUAUAACCAUGGACAGGUUUACCACUCACUGUGUUCUUGCUUUCCUCCUGUUUUUCAACGUCAUUCAAGCUAACUACACCACGACGACUUCCUAUGGCUGUGUGUUAUGUGCAACAGGAACAUAUCGUCUGGUGACCACUCUGAUGCAGAACUAUUCCAAAGUGGUGCGGCCCGCUGAAUCACCCACAGAUCCUAUCGUUGUAAGAUAUGGUGUCGCCCUUCAACAAAUCAUCGAUAUGGACGAGCGGAACCAGAUACUUACUACAAACGUGUGGCUGAGACAGCACUGGACUGAUGCCAGUCUACGUUGGAACUCGGAGGAUUUUGACGGCAUCAAGAAGAUAACCCUCCCUUCGACAGACAUCUGGAAACCAGACAUUGUCUUGUACAAUAUAGCUGAUGACAAGUUUGAAGGCAUCAUGAAAACUAAUGCCGAGAUCGAAGAUAACGGGCAAGUAUCUUGGUACGCUCCCGCUAUCUUCAAGUCCUCCUGCAAGAUCAAAAUCAGGUUUUUCCCCUUCGACGAGCAGCGCUGCAAGCUGGAGCUGGGCUCCUGGGCCUUCACUACCAACCACCUGGACUUGGUGAACCGCACCGACGCCGGGGACAUUGCAAGCUUCAUCCACAACGGCGAGUGGGUACUCAAGGGCAUGCCGCUGGAGCGCAAGCUCAUCAAGUACAACUGCUGCAAGUACCCGUACAGCCUGCUGCACUUCACCAUCAUUGUCCAGCGCCGGUCGCUGUUCUACGUCUUCAACAUGUUGGUGCCGUGCAUGCUGGUGUCGGCUCUGACCAUGUUGAGCUUCUAUCUGCCAGCUGAUGCCGGGGAGAAGGUGACACUGUGUAUCACCAUCCUGCUAUCCCUUACAGUGUUCUUGUUGCUAGUAGCAGAGACCAUGCCUCCAACGUCGGAUGUUAUUCCCUUAAUAGCCCAGUACUAUCUGACCACAAUGAUUCUGGUGUCUGUCUCCACACUCAUGACGGUCGUCGUGCUUCACAUCCACCACAAAGGGGUGUACGCCAGCCGGCCACCGGCCUGGCUGAGGAAGCUCACUGUAGACUACUUGGCCCAGGUGCUGUGCCUCCGGAGCUGCCGAAGCCUUCACGGCGCCCAGACGGUGCCCCGCAUCAGCUUUGAGAACGCGCCGGCGAUGCGAGAGGUCAACAACACCGUGUACAAGCCUGUGAACAUGGACUGUAACCAGCUGGAGAUGAACAACAUGAUGACCAGCAAGAGGGACGUCCUGGGCAUGGGCCGGCGGAAUCGGCUUCAGCAGACUCUGGACCUGAUCGCCAUCAACCUGGGGAAGAUCGUGGAGAGAUACGAGGAGGAAGACAUGGACAAGGAGAUGCGGUGCGAAUGGAUCAGAAUAGCUUACAUUAUCGACAGGUUGUUCAUGUGGAUGUUUGGACUCACCACAGUUAUUGCCACCUUAUCCAUCUUCCUACAAGUCCCGUCAUUUGGAUAGGACGCGUUCUCAGUCAAGAAAAUGUGGCAUUAAUGGAAAACCUCUUGGUGUAACCUUCUUUAGGACUGACUCCACGCCAUAUUGGCUUGUUCUUUUCAAAAUUGGCGCUUUCAUAGAACGGAACUUAAACCAGUACAUUCAUGUCUCUACAGACUAUAGAUAGUAGAUCACGAAUAAUGAUAAUAUCAAGAUAUUAAUUCUAGUUUUAAAACGUUCGAGAGGGCCGUAACAUCCAAAAUACUACAGGCUCUGCAUUUAAACCUUUUAAGGACAUGGAUCAUGUCAACGAACAAUUAAGACAUGCAAGAACAACGGAAUCUUCAAAUAUACAACGUUCUUGGCUUCAGUGGGCAAGAUCCACAACCAAUUUUUGAGGGGGGAAUUUGGUUUUAGCUAGGGAGGGGGCACAUAAUUUUGAGUUUUAAAAAUUACUUUUUAUGGCCUUUCUAAGGGAUGACGGAGCAACUAAGGGGAAAAAUUAACCAAAAUAUACCCCUCUUAAAUUAUUUGUGUAAUUGCUCCUUUUGGGAGCCCUGACCCCCGUGGGCCCCAUGGAUCCACCCUUGCCAAUGGGCAUGAUGGAGUAACACACGAUUAAAAUGAUUCGCAGUGAAAUCCUCACAAGAAGGACCAACAACCUUCUACCGUAUGACCGUUACGAGCAAUAGGUAACGAUCUCAAACUAAAAGUCUCAGCCGCUGCUGACAAAAGCCUCAGGCUGUUUUGAGAAGGAAAGAAAAAUUAUGCGUAAAUUGAUGGGCCGCGCAGUCGCCUCUACUUUUAAAGACUCGUACUAGACGCGCUCUAUGUCGCAUUUAAAACGCUGCAGGUACAUUGCAUUAGUUUCACAGACAUUGCUGAAUGGAUUUUUGUAACAGUUUUUCUUUUUAGACUGGAAGCAUCUUGUCAUCAUCUAAGCUGUUGAGAAUGUGAGUACAAAACAUCAAAACAAUUAGCGACUAACAGAUUGGUGUCGAAUCGGCUGGCCGAUUGUAAUAAGUGCAUAUACGUCACAGUCUGUGAGAUGCUUUUAUGUUUUCCGAAUGCUUCCUAGGUAAUACUAAAAAAGACAAAACUGUUUUAUCUCUGUUUCAAUUUAAAUGGAAAAAUAACAGCAAUAGACGAUGUCUCCAUGUUUCAGUUAAAAUACAUAAAUAACGUAACAGGGUAAGGUAUGUUAAAUUUGCAAUUUAUGAAAAAAGCUACAACUUAUUCCAGCUUUGGGUGCGUUUUGUAUGUAUUGGCAAUACAUUUAGAAAGGCAAUCAUGCGUCGCGUUUCAUAUUUAGUCUGAUGUUCAAUAAGAGCAAUGUAGUACUCGAAAAGAAUAUUUUGUAAAAGAAAAAAUCAAAAAGAAGGAAGAAAAAACAGAAAUGUAAUGCGAUUGAACAUAUAUCUUUAUAUAUUAAUAUACUUUAGCAGUAAAAACUUUGCAGCCAUUUAAAAUAGCAUACGUGUAGUCUAAGGGCUGGGAGGGGGUUUCGCUGCACCCCUGGACCAACUGACAGUGGUAUUUUGUAUUCUUUGGCAUGCCUUAACGCAAAAAAGUUAAAAGAAACAAAAUUAGGGGCAGGAAGAAAAUUUUGAAGUCCCAUUCAAAUUUUUGUAUUUGCAUCUCUAAGCAUCGGGUUUCUUAUGGGUUUGACUCAUUCCCAGCCUACGGACUAAUAUUGUUACAGUGCUCGCUCAUUUUGAUCUUUUCCCGGCACUGUUCUCCAAGUAUUUGUAUUGAAAGUACUUCUAGGUUUUAAACAAAUAUUUGCCGGUCAUUUAUUAAUUGGUUUAUAAUUAAAAACAUCAUUGUGUGAUUUAUUGAGUUGUUUCAGUCGUUAAAAUCGGCAUGGUAGACAAUUUGCAUAUAAUGCUUUUGAUCGCUGUUCGCGUUUGUUAUGUUAAAGGAAAAUAGAAAAAAAUUAUACCGAAAAAAUGUUUCUGGCAUAUAUCUUUAAUUUUUACCGCCGUAUAUGAGAAUAACAAACACUUCUGUCAUCAGUUCGAAAGUGUAUUUGUUUUUCAACGUCUGUGAGUUUUAUCUUUUUCCCUUUUUGUAAUAACAUCUGUACAGAGAUGUACUGAUAGCUUAUCGAUUUCCUGAUACUUGCCAAAUCAACAAGAGGAAU